AUUAAAUAUAUCUAGUAACCUUUCGUAAGGUUUUUAAGUGUGAUGUCCUUUUAUAUUUACGGUGACAUGAUGUAAGCGUUGCUGGUGAUGGUGUAACAUCCCAAUGUGUCUCAUUGAUGAACUAUAUUGUCGGCGGCAGACAAGGAAUAGAGCAGGAGAAUUUCACUGUUUACACACAAUGUAAGCUAACUCGAUGAUCCCUUAUUGUCACAUAGGGCAGCAAAAAGUACUAUCAUCAACCAUUACUCGACAUCAUUCACAGACAUCACACACAAUGGAUGACCAAUUCCAGAGCCGUACAGAUGACGAUCUCUUCGCUGACGACUUCGAGCCCGUCGAGCAGACAUACGUAGACUCAACGCCUGUCCCGGCUCCUGCUCCUGCUCCUGCUCCUGCACCGGCUCCUGCUUCUAUUCCAGCUGUAGCUCCUGAAUCCGAAGCCGCUCCCGUGCCGACGCCACAAGCACAAGCACAAGCUCAAGCACAAACACAAGCAGAACCUGCGCCAAAGCCAAAGCAGCACACACCCGCACCGCGCAACAAGCCAAGCGGCGCCCUGUCUCAGUCGCGACACAAUACCCACAAGGCCCCUCAACAGUCCAAGCACACGCACCAAUCCAGACCCGCUCAAGAGCCAAAACCCGCCCAAGAGCACAAGCCCACAGCUCCUGCGACAGGUACGACAAAGGCAGCCGAAUCAACACCAGCGCCGCCCGCCUCCAACGAUGAGCAGUCCGAGUCAGCGGCAGCCGAUACAGCGCCGCCCCCCGACGCGCCCACCGGCCCCUCAGCAGGCUCAUCUCAUACCGCCAACGCAGCAGCAGGUGCAGGCGGACCGAACCGGUAUCUAAGCGGCGCGAAUCCACGGACCAAGCUCUCGGACGCACAGCUGGAACAGAAGAUGGCAGCCAUGAAGCUCGCCAACGCGGAGCGGACACGCAAGUUCGAGCAAGCGGCGCAGGACGAGAAGUCCCACGAGCUGGCGCUCCAGAAGGGUGCCGAGGAGGCCCGGAAGCGCAAGGCUGAGGAGGCGGAGCGCAGGCGGCGCAACGAUGAGGACCGCAAGAAGCUCGACGAGGAGCGCCAGCGCAACCGCGAGCGCAAGCUCAAGGCCAUGGGCAGCUGGGACCAAGAGAAGAGUGCCCUGCAGCAGGAGGAGCAGGCUGAGAAGAGGGCUUUCAGGAGUGCGCAUGGAGGUGUGAGGGGUGAGCGCAGGGGAGGGCUUGGUGGGAGCCGGUUUGCGGAGCAGGAGGCCGGCGACCGCGAUGAGACUUCUGACGCCGGCGUGAGGGAGUUUGGCGCUGGCGAGUUCCGCGGUCGCGGAAGGGGCGGUCGCGGACGUGGCGGUGCUGGCGGUGCACAUGCGAGAGGCGGUCGGGGAGGUGGUCGCGGAGGUUUUAACGGCGAGACGGAGCGCAAUGGCAACACGGCUUCGAAACCCACGAAUACUGCCCCACCCAAGCCUGAAGACUUCCCGGCGCUGCCUCCCCAGUCUAUCAAGAUGCCCGAGGACAAAGGUCCUGCCAUCAAACAGAGCGAUCUCCCCAUUCUAUCGCCGCUGGUGGGCAAAUGGGACGACGAGAUGGCCGCCAUGGACGACGCCCCUGAACAGAAAUCAUAGCGAAGACGGUUGUAUCGCUUGAUGUCUUAUGAUCAACAGCAAUCAUGAUACCGUAGUGAUUCAGCAUCUAUAGCAUCUGAUAUAUCAAAAAACAGAGAUACCAGUCAAAUUUAAUUGUACUGAUGUUCCACCAUUGCACGAAAACCCGAGGCCAUGUAAUUCACCAACUUGGAUUCCCUUGCGUUAGGUUGUGGAAUCCUCAAAAUCGGUCGCUGCGCUUAUUUCUACCUACAACAAAUCUAAGCCCAGCUCUUUUUUCCUUCUGUUUGACC